GGCCUAACGCCUAACGCAGCGCAGGAGGGAGACAGAAAUAUCCGGAUUCCGGCGGGCGACACAGAGCUGAGCUAUGGAGAGUAGCAAUUGUUUUCUUAGAAAUAGGUAUUGGGUGCUCAGGCAUGGUAAAAGCAUUCCAAAUGAAUUGGGUCUUAUUGUAUCCUCCAUGGAAAAUGGCAUCCUGGAACAGUAUAAAUUAGCUGUCGCCGGAGUUGAACAAGCUCGAUUAGCCGGGGACUCAUUCCGUAAGGAGCUGAUAGAUAACAAGUUCCAGGCUGAGAAUGUGAGGAUCUGCUACUCCCCAUUCUCAAGGACCCGGCAUACCGCACAAGUAGUUGCAUCCCAGCUUGAUAUUCCAUUUGAAGGAACACAGUGCAUGGUAUGGUAUGGUGAGGUUAUAAAUGAUCUUCGUGAACGAUUCUUUGGCCCUUCUUAUGAGCUUAUGUCGCAUGAUAAAUACCCAGAGAUUUGGGAUCUGGAUGAGAAGGACCCUUUCAAGCAGGCUGAAGAAGGCGGGGAAAGUGUAGCAGAUGUUGUUUCUAGACUUACAAAUGCAAUAACCAGCAUUGAGUCGGAAUUCCAAGGGUGUGCAGUGCUGAUUGUGAGCCAUGGUGAUCCCCUGCAAAUUCUGCAGACAAUCCUUAGUGCUGCUAUUAAGGGUUAUGCAGCUGGAUCCUGCAAAAAUCAAUCAUUCGCUUCAAAAGUAGAAGCAAUCACUGUCCCUUCCAUUCUCUCCCACCACAGGAAAUUUGCUCUUCUCACUGGAGAAUUACGUGCAGUAGUAUAAUUAGUUUCAGCUGCUUCCAUUCCAUUUAUUAUUCAUUCUGUUACAAUCCUCCUGCAACGUAACUCAUUUUCUGUUACAAUUAUAAUAAUAAGGAUGUGUGUUUUGUUUUUGUGUAAUGUAAAGUUGAAGGAAGAACUAGUCUAGUGUCAAA